AUGGCUUUCUACGGCUCCAAUUACGGAGAUGAUAAUGUCGGUGAGUACCAUUGGACUCCUUAUAGUACUAAUCCAUAUGAUUCGUAUGCUGUUCUUCCUUCUGAUCAAUCUGCAUUGCCAUUCUCUGCUUAUGAAUUCAAUGAACCAAUCCAAUAUGAUUAUAGUCCGUACAAUCAUUUUGAUUCAUAUAGUUCUCUUACUCAAUCAUUUCAAAAUUAUUAUGCCUGCAACCUUUCUGAACCGAGGCUUUUUCAGUAUGAUCCUCCUCCCUCGUAUGCUGUUCAGUCUUUUUAUUCUCAGACUAGUUACUCAACCUAUUACUCGAACUCAGAGGUAAAACCCGAGUCCGAUGUGAUUGAGUUUGAGGAAUAUGAUCCAACUCCUUAUGGAGGUGGCUAUGAUCCCCAUCAAACCUAUGGCAAACCCCUUCCUCCAUCGGAUGAAAUCUGUUAUCCUCGAUCAUCCCCUGUACCGACAAAACCAGAUGGCGAAUUGUCGGAUGGUUUUUCAUAUGGUUCCUUUACUCCAGCCCAUGGAGGAAAGACUGAAGUACCCCCAAAGCCAGUCACUCCCAAAGAACAAGACUCGAAGGAGGAAAAGAUUGCGAAGGAAACAGGCAACAGUGGGAACAUUGAAAUCCCUGAGGAACCAUCAAUGCAGGAAGAAGACAGAGGUGGGGAUGUAGCUGAACAUUCUGCUGCACCUGAUAAUGGUGGAAAUGAAGGAUAUGGUAACUCUGAAUGGAACAAGCAAGUACCUUAUCAUGUUCCGUAUGGUUCGGGUUUGGAAUCAUUGGAUAUAUGUGAGAGUUUAUUUGGUUACUGGCCAUGCUUAGCUAAAAUGGAAAGGCAAAAGAAAGCUUGUCAAGUUUGUGAUCAUGAAGAAACUAGGUAUGACCCUUGGAAAAGCACUGCUGAUUAUCUGUUUGGAAGCUCAUAUAGUUAUGGUGAUUAUCAAGGAAGUUCUUAUCAACAUCAAAAUUUGUAUGCACAAUAUCAACACUAA